UGGACUGCAGGGCAGAUCGGCUUUGCCCACAUUCCUCUCUGAGACUUACUAGCAUGGGUCGUUGGGCAAGAAACCGCACCUUACUGUGCUUUGUUCCCACACUCUGUGGGGAGGUUUACAGGAGAGAACACUGGGUAUAAUACCCCAGCGUGUGCAGUGGGCCUAAUCACAGCCAGCUUCUGGUGGAGGCCAGGACGACAGGGGCUUCCUUCAGCCCUGUAUUCAGAGAGGCUGAGAGGAACUGAACAGCCUGCUGGCUGUGGCAGCGGUUUCCUUCCCCAUCAGUCACGUGGGCCUUGUCCUGUCCCCGGAGCCUUGGGUCACAUGGCUCAUUGUGCCUGCGUUGCCAGGAGCCAGGAGCCAGGAGCAGAGCAGAGCGCCAACAUGAACUUGGGGGUCAGCAUGCUGAGGAUCCUCUUCCUCCUGGAUGUAGGAGGAGCUCAAGUGCUGGCAACAGGCAAGCCCCCUGGGGCUGAAAUCGUUUCAGAUUUCAAGUACGCCCUCAUCGGGACUGCUGUGGGCAUUGCUGUAUCUGCCAGCUUCCUGGCCCUGAAGAUCUGCAUGAUCAGGAGGCACUUAUUUGACGACGACUCUUCCGACCUGAAAAGCGCACCUGGAGGCCUCAAUGACACCAUCCCGCUAAAGAAGAGAGCCCCAAGGAGAAACCACAAUUUCUUCGAAAGUCUCUUUCAGUGUUGAACAGCCCCUCUGCUUUUUAUCUUUAUGACAUUGUUGAUUGAGAAGUCCCUAAACCCCGUUGUCUUACACAAUGUCCCAUUUUCUGGAUUUGCCUGAUUGUUUUCUCCUGAGUGGAUACAGAUUGAAGUUUUUGGUCGGAAAUACCACAAGGUGAUGUUGUGUACAUUUCAUUGUAUUGCAUCACUGUUGGUGAUGCUUCGUUUGCUUGGUUAAGGGAGUGACCCCUAGAUUUCUAUAUUUGUGGAAAUUAGAAUUUUCCCCUCUGAAAUGAAUGAAUAAUACAAAGGGAGGCACUUUGACACUAUGUGAAUAUCCCGACCCCCAACAAUUCCUCACCUAAUGAUUUUAGUCUAUUCAUGAUCCUGCUUGAAGCAGUUAUUGCCAUUGGUGAUUACAAAAUAUUGACUUUCUGAUUCCAGUAUUUCUUCUGUAUCUAAUAGCUGACAUUCAUCUAGAAGAAAGCCUUUUAUUCUAUCUCCCCUUUCUCCUUUUUCUUUUGUUGAGGAUUAUUACUGUGAACUUCAAUGCAUUUUAAUCCAUUACCAUCAUGAUUCUUUCUGAUGCCCAAAUUGUUGCAAAUUUGGCUCGUGCAAGUCACUUCUUGGGGGCCCCUGUGUCCUUCAGACAGAACCUCAUUAGUCUUUGAGCACAUGCUAGACUUCUGACAACACAACAUCUGAGACUCACCUUGUCUUGUUCCCAAGAGUAGCACAAAGGUCUAAUUUUCCCAAGGGUCCCUGUUUCUUUCUCUUUCUCUCUCUCUCUCUCUUAUUUUAUUUUAUUUUAUUUUAAUUUUUACUAUGGAAUGAUUUUUAGAAACUAAGAUCUGGGCACAAUGUGUGCUCAGGGCUACUGAGGUGUCAUUGAUUCUAGGCCCUUUCAAUGGACAGAGUCAGGAAAUGUGCAUUUAAAUUACAAACUCAGUAUCAUAAGAUUUUUUCUAAGCUUUCCCUAUUCCAUAUGUCUAGAUUGCCUUCUCCAAAGUAAAAACCCUGCUUUUCAACCACAUAAUAUUUUUACUCAUUUUCUCUAUUCUAUAAUACACACAAAAUACCUCCAGAAAUUAGAGCACUAUACAGCGGUAGACCUGCUCUGUAAACUUGCACAUUUCUUUGCAGUGGCUUUAGCCCUCUAGGUAUGUACAGCCAGAGUAUUGUGUUCAAAUGAAAUUAAUUAUAUUCUCUGUGUGGUUAUGUUAUCAAUUGGAUAGAGAGUCAGAAACAUUUGUUUUAGUGUGUAUUCUAUUUUACUAUUUCCUGUUUUAAUCUUUUAAAAUUUUAAUUUACAUAGUUUUGUAAACAGAGAUACAUGUGUGUCAUGUACACGAUUCAGAGAUAAACUAUAUAAACAGAUAAACUCGGAGAAGUGUUUCUUUUGUAACUUCACUCCACCGUGUUCCUACCUACUGCUUUGAAGUUGCCAUUUUCAAUAAUUCCUGGUUUAUUCUUUCUGUGAUACUGUUACAAAAAUAUAUUUAAUUAAAAACACUUUUAUAUAGACACACAUUUUUAAAAAUAAAAUUAGAAAAUGUUUACAUAUAGAUGUAUACAUCUGGGCAUAUAUACUUUUUCCAGCACUUGGAUGGUUUUAUUACUUACUCAGAUGUCUGAUCCAUUUGGCAUUUAUUCUGGUGUGUGAUGUGAGUUACAGAUCCAAUUUUGUUUUUUUCCCAAAUGGCAAUUGAUUUAUUCCAAUACUAUUUUUUAAAACCACCCUAUUUCACCCGUGUUUCAUUUGCCACUUUUAUAAUGUUCUAAAUUUCUGUAUGUACUAGGGUAUUUCUAGACUUUAUUCUCCAUUGGCAUUUGUGGUUAUUCAUGUGCUGAGGGCUUCCUAGAGAGGCUGAGCCUAGAGAGGCUUCCGGAUGUGCUCUACCUUCUGAUGGGGCUGGUUCCCUCCACCCGCACACAUUAUGCUUCCUUUGCAGGGGACAUUCUUGCUAGUUUAUUCCAGCUAUUUUUGCAUAUUUAUUUUUCUGUAUGAACUUCGGAAUCAACUUCAGAAUCUUUCCACAGAAACAGAAAUCUUUCAUGGUGUGGGGGCUGGGGGAGGUCCCAGUGGAGAGUUUUAUGACGAUUGCUUUGUGUUUUUGGCUACCGGGUUUUUGUAUAGACCAAAGCAAAUAAAGUAAAAAUAACACACAGAAAAAAAGAAGCAAACAUCUUGGUAUUUAGAUUGGGAUUGCAUUACAUUUACAUAUUGAGUUAACAACGAUUUACUUCUUUACGAUGUUAAGUGGUUCUCCACGGAAAAGAGGUAAUUUUUUUCAUAAAAAGUUAUCUGAUUUUGUGUGUUACUGUUUUGUGUGUUUCAGGAGAGUUUUCAGAUUUUACUCUUAUAAGAUUGUCAUAUAUUUUGUUAUAUUUAUUCAUAAGUAUUUUGCCUUUGCUGCUUUCAAAAUAGAGUUUUUGUCAUGAUGUUGCCUACCAGGUCUUUGAUUGUAUUUUGAUUUUGGGGGAUUAUGUUAACAUUAUAGGAGUUGCCUUGUUGCCUGCCAAAUCCAAGGCAAACAAAACUUCAUCCACUUUGAUGAUAAAAAGAGAAGUCAUUCCUCGAGGUUAAUAGGCAUAUUUUGGGAAACUUGUCGCUUUCUGUAGUUGGUGAAUUUGCACAGAUCUGUACAGAUCUGGGCAGAUGCUAAAAGGAACAAGGUAGAUAGACCUAUGAGAAUGGAACUGGAAAAUAAUGCCUUCACGUCUGAACUACAAGCUGUUACAGAGGGUGAGAAUGCUUGUUGAAUUCUUUUAUUAUUUUUCUCUGUUUUCUCCUCUGUCCCUUGAGUUUUUACGAUAUUAUGUCAUCUGCCAAAAUAUAGUUCUUCUUUCCCAAUUGCUAUGCCUCUAAUUGUUUUCUCCUCUCCGAUUGCAUUGACUAAAAAUACCAAUGUUAAAUAAUAGUGGGAAAAUUGUGCAUACAACAUGCCUCUGACAGACUUUGAUGGGAAAUCCACUAGUGGUGUCCAUCAAGUAAGAUGCUGGCUCUAGGGCUGAAGCACACAUAUCUUAUCAUGUUGAGGAGCAUUCAUCAGUUCCUAUUUUACUGAGUUUUAAAAAUCAGAAAUGUGUGUUGGAUUUUGCUAAAGAUUUUUUUCAGUAUUAGCAGGCAUAAAUGUAUCCUAAAGAGAUGAACCCUGGGGCUAACCAGAAUGCAUAGGCACCCUCAUUAUUAGUUUCACUUUUGUUGUUUUUUUUGUUCUUCUCUCCUUGUUGGUCUAUGUGAUUCUUGGAGGAUGUGGUCAAAGAUUUGGGUCUGUAGCCACUAAAUUGUAGGGUAUGCAACACUCUUGCUCUUUCUCAUGAUGCCAGCCUGGAGUACCAUGCAGCCUAAUUCACCUACUAGUCCAGCCAGCAGAUGCUACCCCAGACUCUGCCAGCCUUACCUUGUUUUCUCCAGAUUGUGCCUGGCUCUCUGGUGGCUGGUGACACACCCAUCUGCAGAGGUAUCGCUACCUGUCAGAGAGCAACUUCAUCCAUGAGGUAGCUCAGCAGUGUCCCUUCUUCUGUUCAGGGCAGCCAGGGGUGGGAGGAGGCUGCUCUCUUGGGCUGCCUUUCCACUCUGAGUAUUGGUAUCUCAAGUGCGAACCUGGCUAACCCCAGCUUCUUUAGAUCCCUUCCUUAUCAACACCUGAUGGGGCCUUUUAAUGCAGGGCUUGUUAAAGACAGUAGGAAGGAUGAACCCUCUGCUCAGCCUCUGGUCCUCUAAACCCCAUGUUCCUCUGGACCUUCCGUCUUUUAAAGGAGAGAGAAAACCCUGACAGCCUUUGAGGCCCUUGCAUGGAAUCCCUUCCUUUACUUUCCUCGCCACUUCCUCUUACCAUAUCUUGCUGGUUUCCAGUGUCUUUCUUGUCUUUAAUGUUGGUUCUACUACCAUCAAGCUCUAUAUCCCUGACCAUGACCUGUGUCCUUGGUCCUCAAAUAGGGGGUAGUCAAGUUUUUGUCUGUUUUGUCUGUCUGUUUUAUGGCCUUUGAUGUGGCUUGUCCCACAUCUAUCCCGCCUUCCUGCUGUUGCUGCCCCAUCUCUCAUGGGGAGAUCUUAGCUGUCAGGAGAUUGUGACUGAAUAUGCACAAUGGAAAGUCAUAAACAAUUUCGCAUCAUUCAAUGUAAACAUAUAUACCAUUAUAUUAUAUUCCAGAUGUCUAUGUGAAACUACAGUGAGGGUGUGAAUUUGGUCUUAAGGCAUGGAGGUAUAAGUGAGUUCCUUAGAAGGGUCUGCGUCCUACUUUCAGCCCAAGUUCUGUUGUAUCAGAGUCUGGUUUACAUCUUCACUUCCAUGUUCCUCUUUUUAGACACCUGUACUGUCCUUCCCUUCCAUCAAAGCUGGUACACCAAGUAUGGAGAAGUCUCACCCUCUGUAACAGCUUGCAGUUCAGAUGUGAAGGCAUUAUUUUCCAGUUCCAUUCUCAUAGGUCUAUCUACCUUGUUCCUGGGAGCAUCUGCCCAGAUCUAUGCAAAUUCACCAACUACAGAAAGCAACAAGUUUCCCAAAAUAUGCCUAUUAACCUCGAGGAAUGAUUUCUCUUUUUGUCGUCAAAGUAGAUGAAGUUUUGUUUGUCUUGGGUUUGGCAGGCAGAAAACAACUUCCAGGUUGAGCUCUCCCCUUUACCCAGAAGCCACUGGCCUUCAGGUUCCUUUCUAUGUUGCACAAGGAAGUGUUCCACCUUGCAGGCUUUGCUGAUGAGCUUUUUUACCUGUUUAAUUGUGUGAGUUGCAUGAACACAUGCAAUAAUUAGAGCAUAGUUGCCCUGUCAAUAAGUCUUCCAGGUGGUUCUCUUCCUUUCCAGAGAUGCACAGGUGAUUGAGCUGUAGGUGAGCAGUGAUGUGAAGAGGGAUUCUAGCUCUGUGGACAGCGGCCCACGGUUAACGUCUCAGGAUGUUCUGCAUUCAAAAACCCAAGGCUGGUAAUGAACUUUCACAUGGACUGAAUAUUGGAGGUAAAUAAUAGAAGGAAUAGACUAUACAGUGCCUCUGUCCUGAAGGAAACUAUCACGCCUCUUCUGGAAGAAGCGGACUGCACAGAGGAAGCCUUGAGCGCUUUAGCCUGCAGUAGGAAAAGGUGGACACCAAAAACUUCACCCUGUGUUGGAGCUAUUCAUGCUUCCACGAGGGCAUGGUGUCCAUGUCCGUGAAACCUACUACAGAAAAUGGCUCAUGAAAAGGGGAAUCGGACCCAACACACAGCUUCCUAUGCACUGCCAUCUUCUCAUCAGUUAGGCAAUACUUUGUAGAACGAUUAGCUUCACCUCUUAGCUGCCAGAAGAUCCCUUCUUAAAGAUGAACUCUGUGAAGAUUCGGGAGUCCUGAAACAUGGGGUCUCCGGGAUGGUCUCCAGCCCUAUCGAUGAUGAACACUGGCCUUCUGGAGGGGAAAUGGCAGGCUGGGCUGGUGUGGGAGGAAGGGCUUUGGCAUUCAUGGAAUGGGCCUGCUGCUCUCAGACCUUCAAAGGACGGAACCAACAAAGGACCAAAUAAGAAAGCAGAUACUGUGCCUUAUAGAGGGCCAUGAAUGUCAGUUAUUAUUUUUUCUCCUUAUAUAAAUUAUUUUGUGAUUAUUAUUACAAUGUGCAUGGCUGUUGCAUAAAAGACAUGACUGGUGGAGGCUCAGGAAAGCCACGUCAUUCUACAAUUGCCAUCAGGCUAAGGCCCCAUGAGCAUUUCUCUCCCUUGUAAUAUUAACCCUGUGUUUCUGGGAUCACAUCACGGAAUUUUCUUUGCUUUUCCACUUUCCAGGAAAUCUUUUGGACUGGGCUGCCUUCUUCAUGUGUGAUGAAAGAUGAGCUGUAUUUCAGAACAAAGUGCUGUGUUGUCAUAAUGUGCCUGACUCCCAGGGCGUCUCUUAUGCAACUUGAUAACGAUGCUGUUCAUUAGCAGCCUUUGUUAACUGAUAACCAAGAGUGGUAACGUGAUACUCAUAAGCAAUUUUCUGUGUGUAAGAUAAAAUAAACCAUCUUGUAUGGGAUCUGCUAAUUGA